AAAGAAAUGAAUGUGUUAUAUGGUAAAUACUUAUGUUAGAAAAUAUUUCUAUUUUGGAUGAAUGCUUUUUUUUAAUUCAUCAAAGAAUUUUGAAAAAGUAUCCAACAUUCAUAAUAAAUCAGCAUAUUGUUAAUAAAUCAGAUCAAUCUCCUAAUGAUGAUAAUGUGACAGUGAUGACUGGAGUGAUUUAAUGAGCUGUUUGGUGCAAAUGGAUCUUUUUGAGCUUCGGAUACAGACUAUUUUUUAAAGGUGCUGUCAAGUGUGUUUAGUCAAUAAGAACAAUUCCCACUUUUCUAGUUUUUCAGCUUAAUGCACUCGCUUUCAAAGCUGAAGGUGGCCUUAUUUGCAGAGAAAAUAACACCUGCUGUCUGGUAUACAUGAUCCUGACAGCGUCUGUCCAACAGCAGUGCAUCUCCCCACCCUAAACUUGUUGUUUUUAACCCAAACACCCUGACACCUGCACUCACCCACCGCUGGGUGGAUAUAGUGAAGCAAAGCCCCUGUUUACCUUGAGACUCAGCUCAUGGAAGCAAGCAGAGAUGGGUUCUUUAACUAAUUCAGUCAAUGAUUGAAGAAAUUAUACGGUUGCACUUGUGGUUAAAGUGCUUUUUAUCUGCACUGAAGCGUGAUGUUGUAAAUAGAGCGCACAGAAGAGCUCUUUUCCACUCUGACUAGAGACCCGCAGGUUCUGUACUGUUUACUCACUGUCCUGUGGUCCAUUUCACAUUGCAGUGACUAGAUUUCUGUGCUGUCCUCUGGCCAUGCACAUAUGGGUAUGAAUAAGCAUGUUUUUUUCCUGCACUUCCCCAUCUAACAAGGGUUUCAGUGAUGAUUAUCACAUGAGAAAGAGAGCUCUUGCCGAAACCUCAACCUAAACGGGCCUCGUCACCCCUGAUCUGUGCCAGCUGUGAGCUCAGUCACUCUUGUGUUGACUGUCCGUCAUCCAGCGUUUCAAACAAACCCCAGCUGGUUGCCCAGAUCAGAGUACAUCAUUUAAUGCUGAUGUCACAGAUGUUUUCUGUAUUCGGCUGGAGUAAUGGAGCAGGCCAAAUGCUAAUCAACGCUGGACGAGGAGUCAUCAUGGGGAGAGAUAAAAGGUUUUAUUGAAUCCAAGGCGAUGCAUUCAGUGUUAUUCUAUUAAAAGUGCUCUUCAUCUCACUGGUGAUCCAGCAAAUAGGCUGCAAUAUAGAAUUGUGGGUUUUUAAGUUCCCAAAAGACAGAGAGCGCAAGAAAAGUGCAUUUAAAGUGACGUAGUCCAUAACUACACUACUGUUAGAAAGUGUCAAAACUCAAAAGUAAUACUUUUAUUCAGCAAGGAUUUGUUAAAUUGACCUAUAAUGAGCACCAAAUCAGCAUAUUUAGAAUAAUUAAUGAAAGAUCAUUUGUCAGUGAAGACUAGAGCGAUAGUGUCUGCUGAACUGCAUAAAUGUGAACAUUCAGCUUUGCCGUCACAAGAACAAAAUGUUUAAAAAGAAAAGUUAAAAUAAAUGCAGCCUCGGUGCGCAUAAGAGUAAUCCGAAACAGUAAAAAUCAAGAUUUCAGAUUUUUAACAGUAGUGUAACUCUUCUGAAGCCAUACUAUUAUUCAUGUUAGGAAAGCACUGAAAUUGACUAACCACAGGACAUUUAUGGGAAAUGAAAAAAAUAAAUAAAAAUUGAAAAUACAGAAUUUUUGUGUGACCAAUCUACAAAUCCCCCCAACAAUGCAAAAAAAUUGCACAGCAAUGAAGAGGUGAAACUCAAAAAAAUCUAGAGUGCAAAAUCACCACUCACUCACACAUAUACGGACACACACGUUAUCAUCUGUUAAAAUAAGCCAUGCUUUAUCUCUGACACAUUGUGCUCCACCUCCCACUGGCUGCUGGUUAUAUAGAGCGACUGGGUGAUCACAAGUUCAUCAUUGUUUGUCAGAUGAAGUACACUGUGGAGCUGGAAGUCCCCGCAGCCUAUUGGAUGCAUUUUAGCUUGUCAAUAUUUGUGCAUAGGUAAGUUGUGCACGGAAACCACAAACAGAUGUUUCAGUUUUGGAUUUCAGCCUGAAAAGCCACAAAAGCCACAUUAUGAAGAACUAGGGUUGUAGUAAGAACAGCCCAGGGCUGCAUGUCAUAAUGGGAAAUGAGGCUUGUGAUAUGGACUCCAUGGUAUCAGCCCUGACCUUCGCCUACUUUCUUUCAAAGAGUCUUGAUUGUAAGAGGAUGCCGGUCCCUGUGCUCAACAUCCCACGGGCUGAGUUCCCCUUGCGCUCUGACAGCACCUUUCUGCUGAGAGAGUCCGGUCUGUCCCAAGACUGCCUGCUGUUCAGGGAAGAGGUGGACCUCCACGGCCUGCACAAGAACAAACAGCUGACACUGACACUGGUCGACCACAAUGUUCUGCCCAGUGCUGACAGUGAGCUGGAGGACGAUGUCGUGGAAGUGAUUGACCAUCACCUCCUACAGAGGCCCACAUCCCCUUCCUGUCCCGUCACUGUGGAGCCCGUGGGCUCCUGUGCCACCUUGGUGACUGAGCGCAUCGCCCAAAAAGCACCUGAGGUUCUGGACCAUCAAGUGGCUCAGCUUUUAUACGGUACCAUUAUUCUAGACUGUGUUAACAUGGCACCUGAAGCAGGUAAAGUCACCCCUAAGGACAGCCAGUACGCCGUCUUUUUGGAGAAACGCUUUCCAAAACUGCCUAAGAGGGGUGUUCUCUUUCAGUCGCUACAGAAUGCCAAGUUUGAUGUGUCAGGCCUCUCUACAGAACAGAUGCUGUUGAAAGACAUGAAAGCAGCAUCUGGUGGAGAUCUAAAGUUGGCUGUCAGUGUCAUUUAUAUGACACUAGAGUCUUUUCUUCAGAGGCGAGGACUUCAGCAGGACCUCUGUGAGUUCUGCCACAAUCACAACUACAACCUGGUGCUUGCCAUGACAAUCUCUUUCAUCGACAACAAGGAGCCCCUCCGUCAGCUAGCCGUCUACAGCUCCAGCACUGUCUACAGAGAAGAGAUGAGUAAAGCACUAGAAAAAGCCAAAAACCCAAGUCUGGACCUUAAGCCAGUGAGCAGUCCAUAUCCAGAUGUGAAGGCCUUUAUACAGGGUAACACAUUAGCAUCCCGCAAGAAAGUAAUGCCCAUAAUCACAGACUUCCUGAAGGAGAGGGAAAGAAAAGUGUAUCAAAGUGGGAACAUAGAGGACCUAGAUCUGGACGAUGAUUCCAAUCUGGACCAGAGUGACUCACAACAAUGUCCUGAGGAUACUGGGAUGGAGGACGAUGUCCAGGUUCCUCCAACGCCAAUGAACAGUCUUGUCGAGGGUUGUCCCUUGGACAAUGGCCUACCAAAAAUCAGUCCUGAGGUUUUGGUGGAGAAAGUUAGCAAGAUGGCCAGCAUGGAGGAGAUGUCGUCUGAGGGACAGUGCUGAGAAUCUGUUGUCCGAGAGAGUGUUGAAUAAGAGCUGGAGAAAGAACGUCCUUCUGCGUCUUCAAGAGGAUGAAGUUCAUAUCCAACAGUGCUGCAUCAGGGCUUGAGACUGAAAUGGCACUUUUUAGACCUGGUUAACUCACAAAGGUACGAUACAGUCUGAAGAGGCCAUUCUGUUGACUUUCUAAGGACUGGUACAUGAUCAUUCAAAUGGAACAUUACAAAAACGCAUUUAUAUAUAAAAUGUUUAAAGUUUGACUAUCGUAAAAAAAAAAUAUUCAGGUUUAGGCUGGUUAUUCAAUGUUCGCGGUCAUAUAUGAUCUGCUAAAUUAAUCAGAAGUGUCUCAUUUAGACAUAUUAUCUAAAAUUGACAAUAAGCACCCAGUGCUAGCUUGCAACUGACUAUUAAUAGAAUAAACUAAUUCAGAAUGAAUUUCCAGUAUUAUCUAUCCAAUUAAUUAUAACGUGGUAGCUAUCAUUGCUUAUACAAAUAACAUACUUAAUUCUUGUGUUAAGUAGUAUUAAGUACUUGUUGUGUUAAUUAAAAAGUUAUUUUCAGCUUGUCUGCAGAUCAUGUCUGUGGCAUGGCAUUGAUCCCCCAGAAAAUCCUUUUGACUUCUCCCUUGAUUUACAAAACUGAAUGGAAAAUGCAUCCUAGUCACGAUUUCAAUUCAACUUUAAAACAAUGCUAGAGUUGCAUAUUUACAUUUAUCCAUUUACAAACUAUAUAUAUAUAUAUAUAUAUAUA